AUGUAUGUGAAAUGGUUUGAUACAGUAAUGUUUUACUAUGUCAAAUUCAUUUCUCCGAAAAUGAGAAAAAUGUUUAAAUUUGCGGCUGUUCCGGCCUCCGUACGUCCGGACGCUCGCAGGGACCGGAACACGGAAGUCGGAUGCCGGCAUCGGCCGGGGGAGAUGGCCGGGAAGGCUGCACGGGACGCAUCACGGGAGCGAAGGACAAGGUAAGCGCUGCAGGGAAUCCCUGAGCCGCAACAAGUGUAGCUCGGGGUUACCGCUUUUGCUACACUCGGGAAUACCGCCAGGGAGGUUAACAUAA